CAUCGAGAAGUUCCUAUUUAUCCUACCUCAGGCGGUCGGAAAAUUCACCUUCAAUUCUAGAGAGGGAAACUUUUUUCAGGUAAAGAUGGUAACGUCGGCGGUGGUGAAUACGUAUCCAUUGUCGAGCUAUACCUUCGGCACCAAGGAGCCGAAGAUGGAGAAGGACACUUCCGUCGCUGAUCGUCUCGCUCGUAUGAAAGUUAACUAUAUGAAGGAAGGCAUGAGGACCAGCGUUGAAGGAAUUUUGCUGGUUGAACGGUGGUUUCCCAAAUAUCACGUAAGGAAAUAUUCUGUGUAUUAUGUCUUCGCAAGUACUAAUGAACAUCAGGUACAGGAGCAUAAUCAUCCUCACAUUUUGCUUUUACAAAUCGGGAACACUUUCUGCAAACUUCCUGGUGGUCGUCUGAAGCCAGGAGAAAAUGAAAUUGAGGGCUUGAAAAGGAAAUUGUCUAGCAAACUUGCAGCUAAUUCUACUGGUCUUCAGCCCGAUUGGCAGAUAGGAGAGUGUGUCGCCAUCUGGUGGAGGCCUAAUUUUGAGACCAUAAUGUACCCGUACUGCCCUCCACACAUAACCAAACCCAAGGAGUGUAAGAAACUUUUCCUUGUUCACUUGUCAGAAAGAGAGUACUUUGCAGUGCCCAAAAAUUUAAAACUUCUUGCUGUUCCAUUGUUCGAGCUCUAUGACAAUGUUCAGAGAUAUGGGCCUGUCAUAUCCACCAUUCCGCAGCAGCUGUCUAGAUUUCAGUUCAACAUGAUCCAUUCAUAAACUCGAUGAGUUGACAAGAAGCUAAAGAAGAAGAGUCUGAUGAUAUAGCUAGAAUGACAGUUUGCUGCAUUGAGAUGAAGAAAGUGGGUGUGCCUUAAGGUUCAUCCAUCAGUAUUCAGUAGUUUAAAUUUAAACUACCAUUAGUGUCAAGUAGUUUAAGCAAACAUAAUGUCUGUAUUCUCUAUAACAAUUCCUUUUCACUUUAUCUUUUUUAAAGUAGAACAGCAACUCUUGUUUAAUUGUUAAAAUGUAGAAGAUUGGUAUAUUUUAUGGGUUGGACAGUUUUACUG